AUGGCGUCCGAAAACUCUACUGCGACUGCGACUUCGACUUCGCACUCAACAGACUCGGCGAAGAAUUGCGGCAAACUGAAGGAGAAAGGCAUCGAGGAGGCGGUUUCGAAGCUUCUCGAAGGCUACGACUGGACGAUGCUUCCCAUGACCCAGAAGUCGUCGCUGAAGCACCGCGCCCACAUCAAGCGGCCCAUGAACGCCUUCAUGGUGUGGGCGCAGGCGGCUCGACGGCGCCUGGCCGACCAGUACCCGCAGCUGCACAACGCAGAACUCUCCAAGACGCUCGGCAAAGUGUGGAGAGUCCUGAGCGACGAGGAGAAGCUUCCGUUCAUUGAGGAAGCGGAGAGAUUACGAGCCCAGCACAAGAAAGAUCACCCAGACUAUAAGUAUCAGCCCAGACGUCGGAAACCUCCCAAAAGCCUGUCGAGCCUGAUGGAGGCUGACCCAGGAGCAGGACCUUUGCCGUACCGUGUCCAAGGGGGUCUCAUGGCUGGUAGUGGGGGUUACUGCCCUGGGGUUGGCAUGGGCAUGACUCUGCCCCCCUCCCAUGCCGCUCCACCCACACCGCCUAAAACACCUCAACAGCAUAACAUAAGGUCCGGCUCGUCUGCCAUCGCCCCCGGGAUGGCCGAAGGGAACGCCAGAAGCGACUGUAGCUUCAGCAAAUCGGCCGCUUCUUCCAUGUACGGCAGAGACCAUCACGGGAGCCACACGCAUGCGCACUUCGCUGGUCUCGACGCUUCGAAGGCUCAGCUCUUUGGCCAAAGUAAUAGCAGUACCAGUGCCAGUGGCAGCCAGUACAUGAAUGACUCAAAUCCCGGAGCUAAAAUGGAGGCCGCGAUGGCUCUCCAAGCUGCAAGAAACAACUUCUCUUCAGCAGCCUCGUCUUCGUCUUCUUUCUCUCCGUCCAGUUCCUCGUCCGGUUCCUCGUCCUCCACUUCGUCAGCAGCUUUCUUCCGAGACGACACCACAGCCAACAUGGCGGCUAACCUCAUGAGGCCCGCCUUCGGGCAGGAUCUAUUCCAGGGCCACAUGUUUGCAGGAUCAGCUCAUGCCCAGGGUGCCAUGAAUCUGCAGGGUGCUCAGUCUUUCUAUCACUACGGUGCCCAAGGUCUUCACCCAUACUAUAUGACACCAAGAUAACCAGUUUUUCCAUAAUGGCACUUGAGCUUAGGUUGAGUGAGGCAUAUAAUGCUGCAUUUGCACCAUUUCUCUGAGAUUCACCUGCCAAUAUUUUCUAAUGUAUGAUAUCUCCAGCUGUUGGAUAUCCCGGCUAAAAUCCUUAAACCCAAGAAAACAUUUAGUAUAAGAGGAUACUGCCAGGAAGAUAUCCUAAUACUUUCUAUUUCAAGAACUGGUAACAUAAUUUUCAAGGCCAGGGAAAAUAUUAGAAAAAAAUCAACUGUAAUAGCAUAUCCAAGGAACUGGUGAAUCAACAUUCGUCAUAGAUAGUUCUGAACACGAGUUCUGAGCUGUAAAUUGAGCAUAGAUUGAAUCUCAGACCAGUGAAACUUAUGGUAAAAAGGCUUAAUACUGCAUAUGCUGUACAAGUUCCAUAGACAUAUAUUGCAUUUUUUGAUAAUGUGUUAGUCCUGUGGCACAAGUUUAAUAUACAGUAAACCAAAUGACCACAUGGCAGUCAUUGCUGAGCCAGAGAGGUUCAACAUAGAUUUGGUUAACGGAGAAAAAGCAGCCAUUGGCGAAGCUAUCUGACUAAUUAGUCAGUUAAUAGACUGUCAAAGUCAAUGAAGCUGUGCUUAAGUUUCACAACAAGAGGCAAAACAAUAUAUCUUGCUGAUAUAUUCUCAAGGGUGAGGUAUUUCUUAUUUGUGAUUUUUUAUUAUUAUUUAUAUGCUUUGUAGCCACAAUAUAUGGCUGAUGUUAUUUCUUGUGGUUGUGGUGUCCAUUUCAUAUGAAGAAAUCAUUUAUUCACAAGAUGUGUGUUUACAAAAAAUAUAGACAUAAAAAUAAUUAUGUAUAUACAAGCAAAAACCAGACAUGAUAAUAAUUAUGUAUAUAGGCAGAUUUUUACUUUAAUUGUUGUCAAUGUGAAAAGUGAAUUUUGUGGAAAAAAUAUGAUAUGAUAAAAUUAGUUAUAAAUAAUUAAUAUUUAUUAUUGCACUUUUGGGAUGAUCACUUACAAUGAGGUAACCUUUGUAAAUGUAUUCAAAUACAUACAUUUUAUUAAUAUAAUUUUAUAAGUUUUUUACAUCAAAUGUGUAACCUAUUUAAAUAGUUUCAUUAAGACCAUUGUUAAAACUACUAAGCCCAACUAUAAUUUCUUUUAAUAGUGUGUAUAAAAGCUAAUCUCUAACUACAUAUAAUUAAUCCUUUUAUCUAUGGGUUAAUAAAUCAAAAUUAAAAAAAAAAAAUCAUUUAUUAGUAAUACAGAAGCAAUACCUUUAAGAAGGAAAAGUCAAAAUGGAAGAUUUCAUUAUUUGUAAUCUGGUCUGAAAACAUUUGGCCUCCUGACAGAGUUUAAGAACACUCUACAUUAUCAAAUACCUUGACAAUUUACCCACUGCCAUCAACACACGUACUGCCUACUGUAGUUUUGUUUUGAGAAUUUCAUUUACACACAGAUGGCUACACAAGCACUUCAGCACUAAGAAGUCAAUUUACAGGCUUAACUAAGCUCACCUGUAUUUUGGAAAAAGUUUUUUUUUUUUUUCUUUCAAAUAUUAAUAUUAUCAUUUGUAGUAGUAGUACUGACAUAAUGAAUAUACUCAUGUUAUUAACAGUACUAAAAGCAAUGAAAAUAAGUAAGCUCACCUGUAUUCAUGGGAAAAAGUUUUUUGUUGUUUUUUCUUCAGAUAUUAUUAUUAUUAUAUGUAGUAGUAGUAGUAGUAGUAGUAUUGAGAUAUUUAUUAUACUCGUGUUAUUAACAGUACUAAAAGCAAUAAAAAUAAAAUCAAAGUUUUCCAUAAAUCAAGGAACAGGUGAGAUCAGGUAGGGCUAGUCCUUGGUGAUUAACCAUUUGUGGAGCCAUCUAUUUGUAUACAACAUUCAUAAACUAAAAUCACAGUAGACAUGAUAAGCAUGUACAUGCCAUCCUGGCAUCAAUGGGUUAAUGUGAACACAA